GUGCGCGUUUCCCCCACAGAGGAGCUGAAGGAGUACUUCUCCCAGUUCGGGUCGGUACAGAGGUGCCAGCUGCCGUUUGACAAAGAUACAGGUUUUCACAGACGUUACGGCUGGAUUAAAUUCUCAGCUCCAGAAGACGUGCAGAAUGUGUUUCAGAAGGAUGCCCACGUACUUGAAGGUGCCAAGCUUGCUCUCAAACAGCAGACCCGUAGAAGACGCAGUCAAAGAAAGAAUCCAAGCGAGUGA